AGGUAACUGAGGUAAUACACGAAGCAACUAACCGCAGCUCGCUGAAGGUCUGUCAGUGCGCGGCCAUUGGCCGGCCUGGUCGUGCGCCUGCGCACUUUUUUUUCGGGGGAGUCCCGCUCGAUUUCUCGGAGGCCGAUUGCGUGGAUUUGUGUCACGAGUGAAGAUGGCGGAGGAGCCCGAGGACUGGAGCGGGGCCGUAGGGGCGACGGAGCCCGAGGCGCGGGCGCCCUCGGGGUCGGCCAGUGGCAAGGCCGCGGAGGAGGGCGGCUGGUCCACGCCAAUCCUGUCGCUGGCCAGGAAAGCGUCGGAAACGCUGUCGGCGAACUACGGAAGUGCUUUGAAGUCGGCGGCCGUGGGGCUGGCCGCCAAAGCGAGCGGUGACAGCAGCGCCAGCAGCAAAAAUCUGAGUGAACAUAUGAAAAAUGAACGAGUCAACCUCAUGAAUAUGAUGAAACUUAGUAUUAAAGUGCUUAUCCAGUCUGCACUAAGCCUGGGAAGAACUUUGGAUGCUGAUUACCCACCUCUUCAGCAGUUCUUUGUUGUAAUGGAGCAGUGUCUCAAACAUGGACUGAAAGUAAAGAAGACUUUUCUUGGACCAAACAAAUCAUUUUGGGGUCCUCUAGAACUAGUGGAGAAGCUUUGUCCUGAGGCUGCUGAAAUAGCAGCAAGUGUCAGAGACCUACCAGGGCUUAAAACUCCAAUUGGAAGAGGGAGGGCAUGGCUUAAUCUCGCUCUAAUGCAAAAGAAAAUAGCUGAUUAUUUGAAGGCCUUGAUUGAUCGGAAAGAUCUACUGAGUGAAUUCUAUGAUACAAAUGCAUUGAUGAUGCAUGAUGAGGGAGCAGUUAUUGUUGGUCUCCUGGUGGGCCUUACAGUUAUCGAUGCAAAUCUUUGUUUAAAAGGAGAAGAUUUAGAUUCUCAGGUUGGUGUGAUUGACUUCUCACUGUACUUGAAGGAUGGAGCUCCGGAUCGUGCUGACAUCAAACAGAAUACUGAAAUCACCAAAAUUCUUGACCAGAAACAUUAUGUGGAAGAGCUCAACAGACACUUGAGUGGUACAGUUUCUGACCUGCAGACAAAACUGGAUUCGCUGGAAAAAAUUAAUGCAAAACUCAUGGAAGAGCUUGUAGCAGCAAAUGACCGAAUUCAGUCACUUCAGGAGGAACAGGAUCAAUUAAAGCAAGAAAAUUCAUCAAUCCUUGAAAGCAGUGAACGUCGAGUAGAGGUAAAUAGACAAGAUUCUGAAGUAGAGCUGGAAACAUAUAGGCAGACUCGACAAGGUCUAGAUGAAAUGUAUAAUGAAGUCUGGAAGCAACUGAAGGAAGAGAAACGACUUAGAAUGGAACUGGAGAAAGAAUUGGAAUUGCAAGUGAGCUUGAAGCAAGAAAUGGAGACUGCCAUGAAGUUACUGGAGAAGGACACUCAUGAGAAGCAGGAUACACUGGUUGCUCUACGACAGCAGUUAGAAGAGGUGAAGGCCAUCAAUUUGCAGAUGUUUCACAAAGCCAAGAACUCUGAUGGGACAGUGCAGCAGAAAACAGAGAUGAUAAACUCCUUGGAACAAAGGUCUAACCAGAUGAUCAAUGCCACAAAACAAAUGGAAGAAAGAUUGCAACAGUCUGAAAGAGCCAGAAAGUCAGCAGAAGAAAAAAAUGGAAAGAUUAAACAGGAAUUUGUUAGCAAGAUUGAGAGCCUCCAGCAGCAGCUUGGUGAACUGGACAAACAACGAUCUAUUUUGGAUUCUGAACUUAAAGCUGAGAAAGAACAGAGGCAAAGUCUUCAGCUGCAACUGCAACAAGAGAAAGAUGCAACAUUGCAAUUAAAAACCCAACUGCAGCAAAGGUCAGGGUUGGAGAAGGAAAUGCAAAGAUUGCAGGAUGAGAAGAAAGAACUCCAGAAGAUCUGCGAAGAACAAGAACAGGCCUUGCAAGAAAUGGGACUCCAUCUUAGUCAAUCAAAACUGAAAAUGGAGGACAUUAAGGAGGUCAAUAAAGCAUUAAAGGGAAAUGCCUGGCUUAAAGAUGAUGAAGCAACAUCUUGCAAACAAUGUGAGAAGGAAUUCUCAAUCUCCAGAAGAAAGCAUCACUGUAGAAACUGUGGUGAUAUCUUCUGCAACAACUGUUCCAGUAACGAAUUGGCACUUCCUUCUUACCCUAAGCCUGUGCGGGUCUGUGACAAUUGCCAUACACUACUACUACAGCGAUGUUCUUCAAAUGCUUCUUGAAGAGAUUAUGACAGCAGAAUAGUACCAGCUAUUGGUGCUUGCUCAUUUUAGCUGUACUGCAUCAGUAAAGGCAUUAAGUUCAAUGCCAAAUAUCUUUUCUGAAGGACACAGUUAAAUUCCCAUCUAUCCAGACAAACAGGGGCUGCAUUAAGUAGAUGGACUAUGCUGUUCGAAGAUGGAAUAUUACUAAUAACAUAUUUUGCUUUACAAGUCACUUUAACAUAUGCUGUCAAUAAGAUGUUAAAUUUCACAAUUAAACUGGAUUCCUCAAUGGUGUUCCCUUUCCUUCACUCCAGUAAAGUGCCAUGUGUAAUGAUUGUAAUAAUGUUAAACGGUUUUAUAGGGCUGCAAUGUAUUUGUAUUUCAAAGCUAUUUUUAUGGCUCUAUGUGCCUUUGGUCAAUAACAAACUGCACUACCUGGAAUGCUGUGAGAGACUUGUUCACAGGAUGUGUAAGUGAGCUGGUCCUGUUGAAACUGACAAUCAAGCCACAGCAAUUAACUGUUAAAUCAUCUUGCAUAUAGUUGCAAAAACCUUUCCAGAUAAGGGUCCACUAGAUUUCUCCCCCUGAAUUAUUAAAUAUGGGUUAAGGAUAGUUUGAAGGUUGUUCAUAUCUGUGCUCAGUGGCCUGAUUUUCACUAAGCCUUGCAUGCUACCUUGCUAAAUUGGAAAUUUUAAUAGAUCUACAAACAACUGCUUUCUGGAAUGGGCUAAACAUGAUCAAUUGUUAAUGAGCUUUGAUUUUUACUAUUCUAUGUGUAUUGAACCUUGCACUUACUACAUUUAAGAUUUAAAUCAAUAGUACUUAUGUCCAUUUAUAGUAAAUCACUCUGGACAUCUAAAACUGAAUAAGGCAGUCCUAGGAUCCUUAUUUUUCAGCUUGUGCUCGUAAUGGUUCUGGUGUCUUAUGUUUAACCAUCUUUGUCUUUAAGGUUUUAACAUUGCCCUAAAUUUUCCUUUCCACCUUUUGAAUUUGCUAUUUUAUUGCCACACUUGCAUUUAUAUACUAAUACAGCAAGGGAUAAAUUUUUAUGAAUCCCUCUCAUUUUUUUGAAUCACUUUCAUUCUUGGUUACAAGGUACAUGGACAAUUUGCUUCUGCCUUUAAAAUUAAUUUAUUAAAUAUUUAAAAGUAGCUUGAGCAUUAGUCAGGUCAUUAUCUUGUUCUGAGCUGGUUCUAUUCCAGCAGUCCUCAUUCUAUUUGUAUAGGUUGUCUAGUGCCAUGCUCCUAUACUUUUAUGUAAUUUAAACUCAUCCAACUCAGCUCUUUAGAAUAAGAGGCAAUAACCUCCAGAUCCUGAUCUAUCAAAAAUAAUUAUUGCCCUAGUUUAUAUCCCUAAUUAUCAUCCAAUUUCAGUAUCCUCAAAACUAAAGAUGGUGGAAAUUUAAUACUCUAGAGCAAAAGAUAACUUCCACCUUGAAUGUUAACUGCUUCUCUUCCCACAGCUGCUCCCUUCAAUGUUUCAGCAUUGUUUUUGUUUGACCCAUUUCAAAACUAAGAAUUCCAUUCUUUGUAUGUUUCAUUCAAUUAUAUUCUAAUGAAUGUUUGUUCACUAUGGCACUCCCUACCAAUUAUAUGAAUAAACUUUGCAGUAUGUA